UGGGGAGCCGGUGUGGGCGCAGCGGAGGACUCUCCUAUAAAAGCCAGGAUCCCACCGUCAGACGCGCUCGUCUCUCCCCGACAAGAGUCGUGUUUCCCUACUAGCAGCUGCCUCGUCCACCUGCUCCAGUUUGGAACAGAACCGAGCAUCCCUCCCAGCUUCAACAGAAAACAAAGCUCCGUAUAUGGUGGUGACUGACGCUCCAACAAGGAUGUCCCGGACCGACGAGGUGCACCGCAUUACGGAGAAUGUUUACAAGAACAUCAUGGAGCAGUUCAACCCGUGCUUACGGAACUUCAUAGCUAUGGCGAAGAGCUAUGAGAAGGCUCUCAACAGUGUCACAUUUGCUGCAAAGGGCUACUUCGACGCUCUGGUGCGGAUGGGCGAGAUGGCCAGCGAAAGUCAAGGCUCUAAGGAUCUUGAAGAGGCAGCAUGGGAUGUGCUUUUUCAGAUGGCUGAAGUGCAUAGACAGAUCCAGAUCCAGCUUGAGGAGAUGCUGAAGUCCUUCCACAAUGAGCUCCUCACAGAGCUGGAGAAGAAGGUGGAGCUGGAUGCCCGCUACCUGAAUGCGGCGCUGAAGAAGUACCAGAUGGAGCACAAGAGCAAAGGGGAGAGUCUGGAGAAAUGCCAGGCGGAGCUGAAGAAGCUGCGCAGAAAGAGCCAGGGCAGCAAGCACCCCUCCAAGUAUGGAGAGAAGGAGAUGCAGUAUGUGGAGGCCAUCAGCAACAAGCAGAGCGAGCUGGACAACUACAUCGCUCAGGGCUACAAGAAUGCUCUGUCUGAGGAGAGGAGGAGGUACUGCUUCCUGGUGGACCGUCAGUGUGCCGUGGCCAAGAACAGUAGUUCCUACCACAGCAAGGGUAAGGAGCUUUUAUCCCAGAAGAUGUCAGUGUGGCAGCAGGCAUGCGCUGAACCGACCAAACUGCCAGAUCGGGCCAUGUUUCUGGCUCAGCAGAUGAGUGGUGUGGCGGGCACCAUGCCUCCCGGCGCCCUCCUUCCCGGCAUCUCUGAGCCCAUAUCUGGUGCUAAACCUCUCCCGGUGCCACCAGAGCUGGCAGCCUUCCGGGCUGGCGGUGGCAUGGGACAACAGCGGCUGAUGGACGGAGCGAUGCCAGUGAUGAACGGUGCAGCUGGUGGAGAGGACUACCAGCAGUGGAUGGAGAGCAAGGUGGCUCAGGGCAAAGCCUCCCCACAACCUCAGCGGCAUGGAGCAGAGGUCUACUCCAACACCCUGCCAGUGCGGAAGGCUGCCCCCACAAAGAGCAAGACCCCCCUAUUGGAGACCCGCACGCUGCCCCGCUCCAGCUCCAUGGCUGCAGGCCUGGAGAGGAAUGGAAGAACCCGAGUCCAGGCUGUUUUCUCCCAUGCUGCAGGAGACAACAGCACGUUGCUGAGCUUUGCUCAGGGCGAUGUGAUCACCCUGCUGGUGCCUGAGGCCCGUGAUGGCUGGCACUACGGCGAGAACGAGAAGACGAGGAUGCGCGGCUGGUUUCCUUUUUCCUACACCCGGCUGAUUUCUGAGAGCAGCGGCGACGCCAUGAAGCAACUUCGAGUUCAUAACCUCCACCAUGGAAAAAGCAGCAGCACAGGGAACCUUCUGGAGAGAGAGGACAUGACCCUGCCAGUCCCUGAUUAUGGCACUCAUUCCCGAAUGUCUGCACAGAGCACUGCCACGCUGCACAGACAACAGCGUCCCUACAGUGUAGCGGUGCCAGGCUUCCCACAGCAGGGAGUUGAAGAGUACGAGCCCCGUUUCCCCACCAGUUCCACAGAGGUCAAAUUGAUUUCCACAGUGUGAGACGGUGUGAUAAGACAGGCUUCUUCUCUGCUGCUCCUUCCACUUUACCCCCCUUUUCCUGCCUCCUGCUUACGGCUAUAAACUCCUCUUGAGCCGAUCAAUCGGAGGAAGUCAUGGGUGUGUCUGUCACCCUCCUUUCAUCUCUUCCUCCGUCGCUGUCCCCGAGCCAUCUGUCUGACCUGUAGCUCCGCUGAGCUGCAGGUGACAACCAAACCAGAACAGACUCUGUGCCGUAAAUACUUCCGAUCCAUUUGAUGGACAUUUUUCUGAGGAAAAUAGCUCUUUUGCUCAUCUUUCAUGCAUGUACAUGUCUUUUGUAUAAUUGAGGGGAUUAAACUUCCCCACCCUAUUUCCACUAAUGUCAGUGCUCUCCAUCGGAAUGACGGCGUGAAGGAAAUGUAAAUGAAAGUGGUUGAUCCCAAAGAGGAUUUUCAUAUUGUAAAAACAAGUUUUUAAUUUUACUGGAUUUUUCAGUAUUUAAUUAUUUCUGCCUUUUCAUGCUGUGAAGUUUUGUAUUCCUCUGACAUGAGAGGUCCUGUAAAUGUUUUAACAAAGAAACCUGAAUGUUUACUGUACAUAGCUGUGCCAUGAAUAAUGUGCAUGUCACGCAGUAUCUAUUAUCUGUUCUUGGGGGAAAAACAUGCACUUUAUGAAACUAAUAAUCUCUGUUUGUGACUUUGUAUGAAGACAACCUGAAAGAGUGAACUUGGACUCUGUGCUCCGACACACCUAACAGGUGCUUCUUUUCUUGCUGUGCUGUAGUCCUGUCUUGCUGAGGUGUUUCAGUGCUGAUGCUACUUCAUCAUCAAGCAAUCAGAGAAAUAGGCAGUGACAAUGAUCCUAUUUUGUUAGGUUUUCUGUGGUUCAUGUAUGAACUUAAAAAAAAUAUGGUACAGAUGUUUGGAUCAGGACCUCACCCUUGCACACAAGGGAGCCAAGUUUGGAAGUGGGCGAUAACUUCAAUUCACAAUGAGACGAUGAAUAAUCUAGAUCAACUGAACAUGAAAUAUCAUGCUAUUUGCUGAUUAGAUGCUUUAGUUCCCACUCUGCAUCAUUUCUGCCUCAACAAACAACGUGACUUUUAAAUGACAACUUGGUGCAGUCACACAUUGAAAGCUUUCGAUAUCUUUCCACAGUGUUGAUCACCGGUUGCGUUUUUUUUUUUUUUUUUUAGGUUUUGGGAUGCUUUUGAUGGUUCCAUCUCUGGUUGUCAGCUUCUCCAACUUCUCAAAAAAAAAACAAAAAAAAAACUGGUGCUCCGUGUGCAUCUGGAUUAAAUGCCUCUCUACAUCUAAUCUAUAUUAUACCAUACCUGACAAAAGCCUCAUGGAUUAUUCGUCGAUUCAUUGUGGAAGCUUUUCACUGUAGAAAUAACUUCACAGUUUCAAUGUACUUUAUUAGGAUUUUAUAUGAUUGACCAACACCCAAAGUACAUAAUUCAGCAGUGCAAGAAAAAAUUAUAUAUGGAUAUAUAUAUAUAUUUUUUUUCUUGCCACUCUUCCAUAAAUGGCUAAUUUGUGUAUUUGAUUCUCACACCUGAGCUGUGGAUUUAUGCAGCUCCCUCAGAGUUAGUGUGGGCCUCCUGGCUCCUUCUCUUAAUGCUCUCCUCAACCAGCCUAUCAGCUCCGGAGGAUGACCAUGUCGUGAACAGAGUUGAGAUGUUAAGCUGUGGAUAUCGUUGAAAACCUAACCCUGCCUUAAACCUUCCAACACCUUUCUCUCUGACCUGUUUGAGGUUUUCCUUGGUCUUCAUGAUGCUGUAUGUUGACUAAUGUUCUGCAACAAACCUCUGAGGCCAGAAACAGAACAGCUGCUUUUAUACUGAGAUGAAAAUAAACACAAGUAGAUUUUUUUUUUUUUCAUUUACCACCAGAUGUGUCAGCUCUUAUUCAGGGUGUAAAGGGGCUGAAUACAAUUACAAGCGACACUUUUCAGAGUUUCAUUGUAAAAAGAAAUUUGAAAACAGAGUAUUUUUUCCCACUUUAUAAUUAUCCACUACUUUGUGUUGGUCUGUCACAUAAUCUCAAUAAAAUAACUUGAAAUGUGUGGGUUUAAUAUGAGGAAAUGUGGGAAAAGGUCAGGGGAUGUGAUUACUAUUGCACUAUAAAAUCACACUUGUGAUAGCCAGGAAAAUGGUUUAAAUAUUACCUUUUAUUUUAUAACAAACAUCAGACAACAAAUCCGGACUUGGUGUGCAGAGCUCUUACAGCUUAUGGUGAGCCAUAUUUAAGAGUCGAGCUAUAAAAAGUAGAAAAGAAAUGUACAAUAUUAAACAAAAUUAAGUUGUUUUGCAUAUUUAUACAUGGUGCCUAUACUGUGGAUUAUUUAACUGUAUAAUAUAAUGGAAACUUUUAAACUAAACUUUAUUGAAGAAAUAUGCUGAUGAAAUUUUGGAUUCUAAUGAAUCCACAGAAACUAAGAGGUCAAUCGCUGCUUACAGUGACUGAACACUGAAGCAUGGACUUACCGCUGCCUAAAAGGAGACUUGAUUUCCUCUUGGAACCUCAAUUAUCCUUCAUGUGCUGCUUUAACUCCAACUAAAACCUCAGUGAGUCAAAGCAUCACAUUUUAAAGACAAAACAAGUGUUGUCUGUGCUGAAUUAAGAUUUGUUUUUCUGUAUGUCAGUCCAGUUAGUCCCUGUUUUACUAACAACUGUCCCUCCAUCCUCUUCCAUCAGGAAAAUGCCAGCUUCUAAAAUUCAUUAAGGUUGCAUCGUUUGUCAUCAGAUUAAGACAGAGAAGGUGAAAUUUGCCUCUCCAAGAUUACUGCACUGCAAAAAUGUGAAACAUUCAUGUGGAUGUUUUUAUCUCUGCCGAUCUGCAUCAGAUCUGGUUCAGACUGACUUUUAUUUGCAAAGUGCAGCAGAAGAUUUGUCCCAAAAGUCUCCCCUCAACUUUGUCAACCUACCUCCUUCCUUUCCUUCAUCAGUUCUGAUGAGUUUAGACAAAAGUCGAGAGUAAACAACAAGAAGCUGCUAUUGUUUCUUUAUCAAUUAAAUUAGUCGGAGAUUUGAUUGCAGAGAUGGCACACAGUACUCAUCUGUGGCCAUAUGACUCCCACACCCACUUUCACAUGUGCACUGACUCUGAGGGGUUUGGGUGGAAAAGAAUGAAGAAACUUUGUACAGAGAAUUUCUGAAUAUGCAUGCUUUGAGGCAGCAACAAGUGUAAAGAUUGAUGACCUCAAAUGUUUGGUGAAUUUCUACUAUAUAAAAAUUUAAAAUAAAUUUCUGUAGAUGGAUA